UCUGAGACGUGUUGUGCCGCAAUAAGAGGUCAUUUGGAACGCGCCUGGAGAAGAAUACACACACGCGUGUUGGUAUUCGCGUGUUUAUAUCCGAUCACGGUGCUUUUACCUGGCUCUCUCCUAUCGUUGACCGAAGCUGCAGAAAUGACCAUCAAGAAAAGUAAAACCGUCGAGUUUGAAAGCCGUGCUGGGGAUUUAACUGCGUUGUAUUGUAUGAGUGAUUGGAUGAUUGCAGUGGUUCUCGCUAUGAUUGCCAUGAUGUCUGUAUGGGCUGCACUGAUCAUAUAUAGAUCUAUACAGACACUGAAAGGUCCGAGAAGAAAGGUUGAAGAUGAAACUGGAAAGGAGACUACAAACGAAGAAGCAGCCCUCUCUUGUGUCGAGUCAACAGAGGAGACUGAGGUGGUUCCAGAGGCACUGGAGAGCUGGGAUGGAGAGGGAUGGACGAGGGAACCCAUGGUACGGAUUCCGACAAUCGAUGAGGAUGUAGAACCCAUUGAGGGUAUCACAACCAAUGAGGAUCUACUAACCAUUAGACGGCGAAGAACGACCAAGAAGAGUGCCGGUCCUUAUGCUGACUUUCACCUCUGCUCUCCACCUGAAGAGCACAGAGGCUUAUGUCAUCAUUCUGAAGGUCUAUGUCAGGUCUGUGGAGGCUUGUGUSAGGAUGACACAYGGUCUCGGACUGACAAUACCCUGGAUCAGGAGGAACAGGCUACCAGUCACCAGUCCCUCAGUGACAUAAACAUUCGAUCUGGUCAGACGAAGGCAACAGACGUGUAUAACCCGGAAGAGGAGGGUUUGAAGGAAGUUGAACUGAGGAUUGAUUGUCAGCGCACCGAGGAGUCUGUGGCUAGCCAUCCACUUACCGUUGCCAACGAGCCUCAGGAAGCUCCAGAAGUCAAAACUCUCCCUGACACGUUGACUGACUCUGGUCUACAAGAACCUGACCAUGUGUGUUAUACGGGGCUUGACAUGAUAUUGACUGACUCUGACGUUAACAAAUCUCUGGCUGGCUGUGUGUGCGAGGAGGCAGUAGGUUGUCCAGAUGGAGACAGCUAUGUUGCUUUUGCCAACACCCAGUUAAGUCAAGAAAAUGUGAAAUUGCGCGACACAGACCUUCAAGAACCUGACCAACUGUCUGUUACGGAGAUCCAGGAAGUAAAAUGUCCAGGUGCUGUCAUGAUGACCAGCCAUGUGGAGGUGGUCUAUGAGAAGACUAGAAYCAUGGAGGAUGACAUGGAAGCGAUGGUUGAGGAUCUCUACAGUCACUUCCCGCAAGUGGAUGAUCGUUCAGCAGGUUUCGAAUAUUGUGACGUGGCAAAUGCAUGGGUGGGGAACAGAGACCAUCUUGAUGACCGUGGAAACGGUCGACAACCGGCUCAAAGCUGGAAUACAACAGGGAUUGACCCUACAGAGAGGAUGACGAGCAACCCUCAGGAACUGUUUGACCAACAGCCAGACAGUCUCUGCACUGAUCCCAACAGAGACGGUGUUCUUCAYGACAACGCGAUGGAAGGGUUAAGCAGGGAGCCGACGGAAGCUCGAGACACCCAUGUGAUUUCUGAGCGAGAGGGGGUUAAUAAGAGCAUGGACACACGGGUAGAGAGCAGUUGUCAGGAAGUUGAAAUAAACAUCAUGGAAGCCACUAUGGACUACAAUGAAUGGAUGACUGUAAGUGUCACAGAUGCAGAGGGUAACGCUGACACUCCCUGGGUGAGGAUAAGCCACUCGUCCGACUGCUCUGAGGCGGAGCAGCAUCCCACAGAAACGCAGCACAAUGCAGACGAUUCAACAAUGACCGAAACGCCCACCUCAAAGGUCAAAGAAACUGAAACCACACCUGUAUCACUAGAUGGAGACCUGCAGGAGAAUAAAAUGGCAGCUGUGCUUCCUAACGAACCCCACGCAGUACAGGUGAGGUUCUGUAUCCACUACAACACCYUGUCACCCCGGCAGGAACUGGCUGUGACUGGGAACCAACCGGCGCUGGGGAGCUGGAAGGGGUUUGUUCCGCUGGAGAGGGGCCAGGAUGGGUUCUGGGCCAGCUGGGUCGCCCUCCCUGCGGAGAAACUGGUGGAGUGGAAGUUCGUGCUGGUGGAGAAUGGCGAAAUCCAACGCUGGGAGGAGAGUGAGAAUAGACACCUGGAAACGGGUCAUGGCGGUGGAGAGGUGAACCUCAACAGAUGGUGGGGCUUCCUCUGAGUGAGCAACCAGUGGGAGGAGGAGUGAAGGGUACUAGUGSUCGUUCUCUUUAGUAGCGUUCUAAGAUGUAAUCUAUUCUAAAUGGUGUUAGCAGUGUGGCUCUCGCAGAGGAAGAGGACUGACUGGUGCAAGGGGUCGAUCAUAGAGGACUUGGCUGCGGCCCAAUUUUCCUUACCCUGUGCACUAAUUCACACUUUUUUUGCAUUUUAAAAAGCAGUUUCCAACAUUCCUUACCCUGAUCUGUUUCUUUUUUACAUGGAAGUAAUUGAGUGUACACUCUUGGUAAAGGGGUGUUAAACCCCAGUAUCUAAUCAGGGCUCUGGUCCUUUAUAUACUGCAUUAUAGCAACCCAACUAUUAAUCAAGUUGCACGUAUUAAGUGAGUGACGUAAUGCAAAGGUAGAGUUGAAUGUCAAUUUAGUAUGGCGCUUGGAUAUUGUCCAAUGGGGGAUGAUGAUUCAGUACUUUCAAUAGAGCAGCUCUGCACUMCUUUGGGCUUCUAUACCAGCAAUAAUCACAGCAAUAAGUGUUAUCCAGGUAUUUUACAUGUUUUACUGCAGUUACUCAGACUGUCUUUGUGAUUGUGAAAUGGGCUGUUUAUAUUCACCAGAAAUAGAAGUGUACUCGUAACCAUCAACUGAUAUAGGUCAGUGAAUUGUUAUUAUGCAAAUACUGUGAUGCUGGUAUUUUUAAAUGUCAUAUCUACAUCAGAUCUUAGCUUCUUGAAUUAUAUUUUGUAUCUAUUAUCCACACCAAGUCCCUAAACCUUUUUGAUAAUGUUCAUAAAUGUUUUUUUUGACAUGUUAAUUCACUUUGGUUUGGUUUACUUAGAUUUUAUUUUAUCACAAUUGAUGGUGUCUUGGUUCUAAUCUAUUUUUAAUAAUAAAUGUCUUAUGAUUGCAAUGUGGUUAAUGUCCUACUGUUAAAUAUUUAGCUCUAGUAGAGUUCUGUCCUCUUACCCAAUAAACAAACAUAUUUUCCUGGAAUGCA